AUUACCAAAACGCGCUUUCUAUAUUUUUAAACACCCUAAAACAAGCAAACCCCCCAUUCUUCUGGUUUCCAUUGAUUCAUCCCUUGCAUUCUCAGAAAUCCUGUCUGCCGGCAGUUAGAGAAAACAACCCAGAUUUUGGCUAGGACCUUCAAGCUCAAAGAGAGCCCUUCCAUCUCUGGGAGAGAAAGAUGUGUCCUCUGAGGUUCAUUUUGGUGUUCUUCUCAGCAGUUUUAGCCGGGUAUUUUGCAUGGAGGACGGUUCGCUCUUCUCAGGAAACUGGCUUGAGUUUGGAGGAUUCCAAUCUGGAAAAUGUACCAUCUAAGGACAAGCAAGAACUCAAUUUCAAAAGGAUGAUUCGAGAUGGGUUUUGGGGUUUUGUGGACAUGGCCAGUGGGAGGUACUUGUGGAGAAAUCUGAGAGAGAUGAAGAACAAUGAGAAAAUGAAAAGCUGCUAGAAUUUGGUAAUUUCUUUUGUAUUUAAUAUACAUGGGAUUAAUUCUUGAUCUCUACGAGCAUUUUGGGCUGGGUUCUCAAAGGAAGAAUCAAUGGGAUGUAAUUAAAAUUUCACAACUAUUUCGCAACUAUUCCGCUUUUUCAGAAAAUUUCAUUUUAGAUAUAAUGGCGGGGGAAAAAGUUAAUUUAUUUUCAAUGAAAGAAU